CAAAACAAAACAUGAGUGAUGAGCAUAGCUUUGAAUACUUUAGGGAUUUUAGUCCAACCAGUGUUAUUAAGGAAGUUGAUCUCGCUGAUGAGGAGGAGGAUGAGGAUGAGGAUGAGGAUGAGGACACCCUUUUGCUAAAUGAGGAGGCAAACGAAGACGACCAAGCAUCCAUUCUAGACGAUGUAGCUAAUUUCAUCAAAUCCUUGAAGCUCCAAAUUGAGGUUUUGGAAGCUAGGGCUAAGGCGAACCCUUUUCACAUGAAAAUGAAAGCUAAUACUCCGGUCAUAAGUCAUGUUCUGCAUUUAAAAAGACAUAUAGAUAUAUAUCGAAGUGAUAUAGGGCCAAGUCAAUGGGAUAGGCCAGCUAUGCAAGCAUAUUGUUUGAUGUGUACUUUGCCAGACAUCGAACCUUGGAUCCGACUUAAAACACAAUGUUAUCAUGAGUUGAAUAACUUUAUACCUUUGGAACCUACUUUGAACUUUUAUGAUAGUGUUCAAUGGCCAAGAUGUUAUGCAUCUAUGGCUUUGUCAUGCUCUGAGUUUGAGUACUACUACGUUCACGGCCAAUUUGUUACUCGUUUUCCUACGAAUAAUCCGACUACCUGAGAUUGAGGGACGACUCAGCUCGGAGAUUAAAGCAAAAGAGGUCAAGCGAUGAAUGAUUUAUAGGAUAGGAUCGAGGUACAGACUUCGUGAAUGUAUAUGUAUAUAAUUCGAACAAGUUGUUGUAUUUCUAAGUUAUUAGUAUUCAAAUCAUGAAAUAAAAACGCUUUUUAAUAUAUUA